GUACCUACGUUGUGAGAAUGUCUUCAUGAUAAUUUUAACCAUAUAAUAUAAAUAAAAAAGUGUAAAAUGUAUAUUUACGAAUUGCCUUUUGAGAUAAAUAAAGAGUUGUGCAGAUUAUUAGAUAACGACGACGAUUGGAAGGAACUCUCCGGAGUUUAUAUGAAGUAUUCAGCGUUUGAUAUUAAUGAAAUAGAACAAACCGCAAAACGCCAAGCAUCGUCCCCAACAAAUCAAUUGUUCACAAAAUGGGGUCAACAAAACCACAGAGUCGAGGAACUAUUCAUUCUUCUAUACAGGAUGAAACACAUACCAGCUCUGAGGUGCUUAGUUCCAGUGGUUGAUAGUCGCUUUCAUAAGCUACUGCAAAAACAUGACAGUAAAACUAUAAGGGAGAGAAGUAAUUUAAUUGAUAAUGCAAAUAAACAGAGCACGCAAAGAAUGGAUGGAAGUGAAUCUUCGUUGCCCCUUCCUGUUAUGCUUAUUGAGAAGGGUGGCCAUUUACCAACUCCGAGCCUCAUUAUGGUUGGUCAUACAAAUACAGAUAAUUCAAAUACAGAUUCUACAAAGAACAGUUCAACGGCACAAAGCGGAAAGGGUGAUGUGUUAGAUGAUGAGUUCCUGAAGAGUGUAUCAGCUAUACCAAUGUUGAGGUAUGAGGAUCUACAGGAAGCCACAAACAAUUGGAAUGAGAGCAAUUUGCUUGGCAAAGGCGGUUUUGGGCAGGUUUUUAAAGGGGAAUGGAAGCUUCUUCCCGUCGCUGUUAAACGGUUGAGGGAUAAUGACGAUAAGAACAAAGAAUUAAUUCGUGAAAUGUGCCUCAAUCAAUAUAGACAUGAUAAUAUACUGCCAUUGUAUGGGUAUAGUUUGGGAGGGCCAGAAGCGUGUCUGGUGUACCAAUUAAUGGCCGGGGGGUCUUUAGAGCAAAGGCUCAGAUGCAAGUCGCAUCAUCCGCCGUUGUCUUGGGCGCAGCGGUAUAGAAUAGCACACGGUGUUGCCAGAGGUCUCCAAUACCUCCACACAAUGGCUGGGACACCUCUGAUCCACGGUGAUAUCAAACCAGCCAACAUUCUACUGGACCAAUGCACGAUGCCGAAGAUCGGCGACUUCGGACUCGCCCGGAAAGGCCCGUACGGUGAAGAUAGAACGCAUAUGAAGGUUUCUAGAGUGCACGGCACCCGGCCGUACUUGCCAGACGAGUAUCUCCGAUCGCGCUGUCUCUCUCCCGCCGUGGACGUGUUCAGCUACGGUGUUGUUAUGUUGGAAGUUGCAACAGCUCUGCCGGCUAUAGAGAGGGCCAGGAACAUUAUGUUGCUGAGCGAUUAUAUGCAGCAACAGGCGAGGGAGGGGGUGGAUUUUGCUACACUCGAAGAUCCCAUACUAAGAGACACUCCAAAUGCCAACCCGCGUAUGUGUCGUGACUUCAUAUCCAUCGGCUUGCAUUGCACGAAAUACUUACGACAGGAGAGACCCACUAUGCUCGAAGUGUACAAACGGCUGGACGCCAUGGAGUUCCCUGGGAAACAUUACGCUUGAUAAAACUACCUUCCACACGCGGCUUUGCGCGCGCUACCUGGUGGAGCGAUACCUUAUAGCAAUACGGGGAAAAUGUUAUCUAAAAACACUUAAUUAUUUUGAUUUAGAAAAGUUUUUUGACUUCGUUCAGUUCCGAUUUUGCGUGAACUGGGUGAAACUGGGUGAAUGAAGUGAAAUUUAUUGAAUAAAAUAAAAGAAAAUGAAAAUAAAAU